AUGCAUUUGACAAAGUUACAAAGAAAUCAAUCUCAACUUCUCGAGACUCCAAAAUCCAGGAAAAAAAUUAUGAUAAAUCAAAAGAACUCAAGUGACCUCGAUGAAAAAUAUGAAGAAGGAGAUACAGAAAAAUCUUCUAUACGCUGGAGUAAUGUACUCUUCAUGCCUUUCCACCCAGUCUUCAGGAGUAUCGUAAUUGCUGUAGUCAUAAUUAAAACAACUAUUGGUCCUAUUCAGUCGGUUUACCCCAUUGUGUACUGCUGGGAGACGAUGGAAGAAGUACCUGAAUUGGCGUUUAUUAAGAUGCUCUAUUUGUACUUUUGUGAUACUAUUUAUGGUCUUGAUACUUUUCUUCAUAUGCUUCACAGACAAGUUACUGAAGAAGCUAUGAGACGGGAAUAUUUGCCAAAGUCAGCGUUCCUGCUUUUACUUGAUAUUCUGUCUUUAAUUCCUUUUUAUCGCAUUAUGGCUGAAGAUGUCUGUUCCCCAGUUGACAUAUGGCCAAAUAUACUUUCAUUUACUGAAUUCGUUAUAAUAUACAGAGUUGCAGAUAGUUUUUCUUUAAUAACAACUCAUAAAUUUGUCUGGAUAAUUUGCGGAUUUACAAUAAUCUUAGCAAUAAGUAUAAAUUGUGUUACUUGCUUUAUACUUUUACUGACAUAUCACGGUCUUUGUCAAAAUUGUAAAACUGGAGUAUAUGAUUGGCGGGCUCACGUGACUCAUAAACUGAACGAGACUGACAUUUAUUUCUCCACGUACGUUUAUGGAGGAUCCAUGAUUUUAUCGUAUGUUGUUAAUAGGCAAUUUGAUGAAAUAAAACCUUCAACCUUAUUAGAAUACAUAAUUAUUAGCAUAUUGUUAAUUGGAGGAAAUAUCCUACUAAAUUUUGUAGUAUUUCCAAAAAUGGUAGCUGAGGCGCUAUUAAAAUUUCGAAGAAUAUGUAUAUAUUAUCCACAUGUAAAUAGAAUUAUUGAGGAAACACAACGGCGUAAUCCAACAUCGAAAGCCUAUAUUGAGGUUAAAAAGUUCUAUCAACUUAUGUGGCACAAACGAAAUGGUAUAACUUGGAUACCGGAAGUAAUAACAGAGUUACCCAGAUAUUUGAGGGUUGACAUCAGACAAGAUCUAGUUUGGUCAGUUUUUUAUCAUAGCCCAACUUUAAGAAAAUCCUCAGCUCCAUUUAAACGAUGGCUUAGUGAAUACGUUAGAUUUGAUUAUAAGCUGCCUGGUGAAAGAUUGUACACCGGACCACAUUGCAAUUCGCAUUUAUAUUAUGUAAAAUCUGGUAUAGUACAACUAAUCUCUAUGGAUGACGCAUCGACAGCCUUGAUUUCUGUAACGAGUGGGACAAUAUUUGGUGAUAUUAACUUUUUUAUCCCUGCUUCAAAGAGAAAAGUUAUUGUUCGUUGUCUGACUUAUUGUGAAGUUUUAUUUAUAGCUCGUGUUGAUAUUCUGAAUUCAUUACAUAAAUAUCCAGAAGAUCGUCGUAUGAUAUUGCGUUUGACAAAGGAAAGAAUUAGGCAUGCUCAUACUUUGUACACGUGUAAGCAACAUGUUAGAGGAUUAGAUAGAGCAGAGGACGAAGGAAUCGCGUGGGUUAAAAGACGUUGGUGGGAAAUUUCUGACGCUGUAUCCAAUUGGAAAAAGCGAUCUUCUAAGAAAGAAGGCGACAAAUGUGAAUUACCAGCAGAAGACACUGUUUAUCAUUGUGCAAAAUAUAUUGGUCAGUUAGUGCUGUGCAGUGAUAUACAGCUACAAAUGAAUUCCAUGUUCUCUAAUGUUAAAUUUCCAUGGAUUUUCGUACCAGAUUCCACGUUUGGUCGAAUAUGGAAAAAAAUCGUAUCUGUUACAGUUUUUUGGGUAUUGUUAUUGCAUCCUCCAUACAUAACUAGAAAUGACAUACCUACGUGGUUUAAGUUUUUCCAAUUUUGGACUGACCUCGUUUAUAUCCUUGAUAUCGUAGUAUCACUUUUGACUUCUGUAGUGAAAAAUGAAAACAUCACAGAUAAUUUCGCUACAGUAAUGUUCGCUCGCUGUAAAAGUACAAGAUUCGUUUUAGAUGUUCUAUCGACUGUUUGGAUAGAGAAUUUGGUACUAAUUUGUGGCUUACCCCAGUUUUAUGCUGCCUGUCAAUUUAAUCGGUUAAUCAAGAUAUACGUUUUGUUUACUGAAUGGGAAAUUAAUAAGAAUCCAGUUUACGAUGUUUGUUAUAAAAUCACAUUGAUAAACGUUUCCUUCGUUUAUAUCAUGAGCUACUUUAUUUUUAUGAUUGACAAAAACAAUCAAAAUUUGACGACAUCUUAUUUUUAUGGCGAAGUAUUUUGUAAAAAAGGAACAUCUGAUGACAGAUGUGAUUUCGAAGGACUCCAUCCGCUUAUUGUUGCGCUAGCAUGGACUUUAGAAUUCUUAUAUUAUGAGUACCUUCCAAGCACAUUGAUGGACAUUUACGCAGCACUUUUAAUCACCUACAUUUCGUUUAUAGUUUACAUUUAUUGUAAAACCGAUUUGGUUGCAUCUCUAUAUUUGAAAUAUAGGGAUAGAUGUAAUUAUCAAUAUUUUGUGGCAAAUAUUAAAAACCAUUACACACAUCAUAAAAUACAUCCCGACUUACUCAAGCGCUUAAAUAGAUAUUUAAUAUGUCAUUGGAAAUAUUAUAAUGGUAUGGAUGUAAUGCAUCCGAAUUUUUUAAAGAAUGAACCUUACGAUAUUUAUUGGAAAGUUCAUGGCGAAGUUGCAGAAAGAGUAAUAAAGGAAUCAAGAGCUUUUAUAUCUGCUGAUCCUGCCCUUAUACGAGAGUUAGCUUAUAAAGGAAAAUUUUUGGUACUCCCCAAGAACUCGACGAUUAUUCUUUACGGGUUACUAUGUAAAAACGUCUCAUGGAUCGUGCAAGGCUCCGUUUUAUGUGAAUAUCCAGACGAACAGGGUGAGUUAGUAAGAAUAAAGUACUAUCCUGGUGAAUUGCUUACAUCUUUUGGAGUAUUUUUUGGUACCGUUUCUUUGAGAACCUUAAGUGCAUACACUGAAUGCGAAGUUUUGUAUAUAAAAACUCAAGAUUUUAAUAAUAUACUUAAACACUAUCCAAACGAAUGGGCACAUUUUCAGCACACCAUUGAAGAAUUUUCUCCAAGAAUUGAUGCUAUAGUUCAAGAUUAUAUAAAAAAACAUCAAAAGAUGGGUUAUUACGAUGAACGAGGCUUAUUAAUUACAAGCCUACAAAAAACUAUUAUCCACUAUGUCAGUCGUGGUUUUGUUUUCGAUCUCAUCGGAUGUUUGCCGUGCUAUCAAAUUAUUAAUUUAUUUACCACAAAAACCAUCAACGAAAGCAAUGGGAUGUUAUUGGACACAAUUAGUAAAUUCGCACAUAUGUAUAUUAUCAUGGGAUAUUUUAAUUAUUUAGCCGACAGGCCAAACAUAAGUUUUGCAGUUUUAAUGAUAGUGAAGUGGCAGGUCGUUUCGGUACUUGUCAUGCUUGGCUCGGCUCACUACUUCGUAAGUCAAUGUAUAAAUUUUGAAUGGGGCGAAAACUAUACUCUUGAGAGAAUGUCACGUCGAAAUCAUUGCUGGUUGCCAAAUUAUCUUCCACUAUCCGAAAACCCAACUACAUAUCAGCUACAUAUGGUUUACGCUGAAAGUCUAAACCUUGCUCAGAGCGGUUUUAUGAGAUUUAAUCUAGGAAAGUUUCAAAUAAAUCGUGAACAUCUCGGAGUAGGAUGCGUACUUUUCGUACUUGGAUGUAUGUUUUGGUAUGUUAUGUGUUACUCUUUAACUUUGCUUGUAUUAAAUUAUCGCGGUAAUACGUUGUUCCAACAUGGAGUAAAUCAAUUGAGAAGAUUCUUGAAAGCGGAGAGAGUUGAUAACAAACUUAUCAAACGAGCGGUAGCCCAUUUUAGAUAUUGGUGGUUAAGAACAAAAGGAAUAAACGUACAGAGCUUAAUGAAUGAACGCAUAGGCGUUAUAUUUAGACAGGACUUGAGUUACUAUUUCUUUCAAAAGGCCGUGGAGGCUACUGACAGUCUCCUGUGCGGUGUCGAAAGCGUUGAACGAGAUCUGGCUAGCGCUUCCACCCAACUUUAUUUUCUUCCACACGAAACUAUCGUUAGACAAAUGGAUCUUACUCCUUACGUUUUCAUCGUUCACCGAGGAAAAAUUAUGAUUAAAAAAGACGGUGAAGAUUUAGCUAUACUAUCGAAGGGCUCCAUAUUUGGGCAGUUAGACCAAGCUACUCCUAGACCGCUACGUAUUUCAGCCGAGUCCACUGAAUACGCUGACCUUCUACAGAUACCUAUAAAAGAUUUUCAGGAAAUCAUCGGUGACAAGGGUAGGGAAAAUAUUGCCAAAAAUCCGCAAGCAAAAUACGAUUAUAUGUCUGUUAAAAAUAUAGUAAUAGAAAAUCCUUAUAAUACAAUAAGGUAUUUACUCAGACGGCGAAAAACUAUCAAAUUUCCGACCGAUCUGUUAGUGAUUCAAGGAAAAUGUUUAGAUGUACCUGUACGAUGGGGUAUUCUGAAGAAGUGGCAAUUUUAUGUAGAUGCCGUAUCUCUCAUUUUACCUAUAACAACAUAUUUCACUGGUUAUAGAGCUUAUAGUUUAUCGAGGCUAUUAAGACUGCGCCUCCUCUUUAAUUUUCAUCAACACUUCUGCAAGGGAUUUGAGAGCACAAUUGCUCCAAUAUUAUUAAAAUUUAUAAUAGUGACCCUUCUGCUUCAUUGCAUGACCUGCGGCUGGAUAUAUGUGGCGUGUCGAGGCAAGGAGUUUCCUUUUGAUAUACCAGCUGUACCGUCACAUAUAAAUGUAACUAUUGAUUACAGCGAAUGGUGUUCACCUAGCCAAAGGAUUGGAGGAUGCGCUCGAAUAACAAGGAACUACGAAGAAAAUAAUAAAAACAAAUUUAGUUUUCUUGUACCGAUAAAAUGGACUGCGGAUUACAUUGUUGCUAUGUUGUACAUUAUAAUUAUAUACACUCAUACGGAAGUGGAUAUCGUAAUUGCACUUAACUUGCAACAAAUUUACUACAAACUGUUCAUCAACUAUAUUAUUUAUCCGACAGAAAUUUGGAUACUUAGUGUAGCUAUUAGUGCUGUUUACACGAAGUUUCGAGAACUUUACGCGUACGAUUACGACGUCAAUAUACUAAUUACGAGUCUUCGGCAUAGUGGCUUAUCUCCCGCUCUUUUGGAAUCGGUACGCGAAUAUACGAAGCAGUUAUGGCAAAGACAGAGAGGUAAUUGGCUUCCGGAAUUAGCUCAUCAAGCUCCAAAUUGUCUUCGCGAAGACUUACUUGGAUCGUUAUAUAUACACCACCUAAACUCGGCUCCCUUAUUCCGAGAUCUUCCAGAAUAUUUCAAUCGGCAAUUGGUUGUUAGAUUACGAAGAGUCGUGAUUUUUCCUGGUAAAUACAUUGUUCAGGAGGGUGAUAUAUUUUCCUUCAUGGUUUUUAUUCAUGAAGGUGAGGUUGAAAAGUGGUACACCGAUAAAAAUGGUGAAAGGAAAAUGUUGUCUGUGCUGAAUACGAACGGAUAUUUUGGACUGUUACCAGGGCUUUUUCCAAACACGCCGUUUCAAUUUUCGUAUUUCUCUCGAACGGUGGUUGACAUGGUUUUCUUAAGACAUAAAGACUGGCAAGAUUUAUUGCAAGGCUACCCUGAUGUCAAGGAAAAGUUGUAUGCCGCUGCCAAGCAAUACAGAAAGGACGCCGUUUAA